UACACAGAACAGGGGCGCGCCUCAUCCACAUCGCAUAUAUUGCGGACAAUAUCCUACUCUAUGCGCACCAUCGUGGCUGCUUUGCCCGACCAUGACGUUGUCUUGCCAUCGAAGCUUGAUAUCCAUCGUGAUCGUGUCCUGUCGCUGUCGUUGCCAGACAACCCUCUUGCUACAAUCACAGACGAGCUCUCCGAGUCCAUUCGUGCUCUUUGGGCCGAUUCGGAUCUUCGCACUUCUCCAUCCACUCACCCGUGGAUUUCCCUUCGGCUCCGCUGUCGCCGCAUCUAUUACCUUGACAGCCUCGACCGUAUAUUCUCACCAGACUACGUCCCAACUAACGAGGAUGUCAUGAUGUGCCUUCAUCGGACCUCGCAAGUCGAGGAACUGAUCCUCGAGAGUGGAGGUAGGACCUACCGUAUCAUUGAUCCAGGCGGCGCCGCGCGGACCGACGAGAGGAAGUGGAUACAUCAGUUCUCGCGUGUUACGGCGAUCGUGUUUAUGGUUUCCUUGAGCGACUAUGACUGCUAUAGGGAACAGGAGGAUGGCGACGCGGCAGUGUCAGUCCUCAUGGAGACAUUCAACACGUUCGAUUCUAUAGUGAACAUGGAAUAUUUCAAGCUCACUAACAUCAUCAUCUUCCUCACCGACCGUGACGUAUUCGCAGAGAAACUCCGCCACUCACCUUUCCAUGACCACAUCCCUGACUCCGUUAGACGGCCAAGUGAAGCGUACGACGUGGAAUCAGUCUGCGACUACAUCCUACACUCCUUGGUGUCCCGGAAUCAAUGGGCCUCAACCAGACAAAUAUACGCCCAUUAUCCCAGUACAGGCACUUCCGGAAUCGAUGGAGAUUCAGAUGCUCUGAGAUGUAGGUCAUUCUGUACGCCUCCGGCUUUCGUUAUCAGUCUGUGGUAUUGA